GGAAAACCUUGAGUUUUGAUCAUAUAUUGACUGAGAUUUUGAUCAUCAUCCAGCUUAUUCUACUGAAAUUAGAAUAACGUUUUUGAUAAUUUUUUUUUUUUUGAUUGACAUUAUAGAUACAAACCAGUAUAUCUGAUUGUACACUGCUCUUGUUUAUAUUACUUGGUUCUUUUUAUACAAAUGCCGACAGAAGAUCCAGUUAUUGAAUCUUCGUUAUCACCCCCAUUUUCAACAAAUCCCGACUCCAAUCAUUCUUCUGGGAAAAACGAGUCAAUUCCUGAAGAUAAUCAUAAUAAUCAUAAUCAAGAUAUAGACUCCUCGCAAGUCCAAUCGGGUCCAAUUACAAAAGACUCUCCUUUGACUGACAUAGCUACAUCACCUCCUGUAUUCGAUUUAACACUAGGUAAUCGUGAUUCUAUCUCCUCUGACGAUCAUCAUCCUCGAAUUGAGCACGAUUUUUUCUCGACUAACAAAGAAGGUAAAGAAGGAAAUCUAAGGGAUAAAUCCUCUAAAAAAAAGGAUAGAAAACAUAGUACCACCGGGAAAGAUAGCUACGAGAGCUCGGAGCUAAGUGAUUUGGGUGAAGAUUCUGAAGCAGAAACUGAUAAAAUGGAUUUUUUAGAUGAUGAUCAUACUCCAAAUGGAGAAAAAGUUUCUGAUUUGAAAGCGUUAUUUGAAUUGACUGAAAUGGCUCAUUUGAAAGAAGUUGAUUCUGAUGAUGAUUCUGACCUUGAUAAUGAAAAUUAUCAAUCUCCUUUAAAUAAUGAUGAAAAUAUCAAUAAAUCAAAUGCAGUUAAAGAAGAAAUUGACGAUGAGGACCAUUUGGCAUUAAAUCCGAAAGAAAACAAAGAAGCAGAAGAAGAAAUCUCAAAACAUAUUGAUCAAAUUAAAAAUGAAGUUGCUGGCUCAACAGGCAUUAAUUCUACUUCCGUUAAACGUUCAUUAUCAACGGCGUCUCAUAAAUCUGGUGAAGAUGACGAUGAAGAGAAUAUCUCGAAAAAACAAAAAACUGAUUCUAUUGAAGAGGACAAAGAUGUUGAUAUACCGAAAGGUACUGAAAAUAAUGAUGCUAUAGAAUCUUCGAACGACCCUGAAAAAGAGCCGGAUGAAGCAGAUCCUUCAGACAAUGAUAAAAUGGAAGCUGACAAUGAUGAACCUGAGGAAACUACUGAAAAGACUGAGAAUAAUGGGGAAAAUCUUGAUGAGGAAAAAGAGGAUGAUGAAAAUAAUGAGCAUGAUUCAACCAAUAAUAGUUUACUAAUAGACCAGGCCAAAAAAGUUUCUAAAGAUGAAGAUGAUCCAGAAAAAGUUUCUAAAGAUGAAGAUGAUCAAGAGGCUGAGGUUGAAGAUAACCACGAAGAAGUCGAAGCUGAUGACGACGAUGAAGUGGAAGAUGAUGAACCAACUAAGGAUAAAAAUGAAGAUGUAACUCAAGAAGAUAUCGAUAUGGAUGAACAAAGAAAACUAGCCAUUGAAGAAUUGAUAUCCAUUGAAUCAUCAUUUGCCCAAUUGAGAGAUAAAUUGUUCCAAGAUAAAUUAAGCUUAUUAGAACAUGAGUUACAAUUAUGUUUGGAAGGUUCCCAUCCAGAAUUAUCAAAAAUUUAUUUCAAAAUUAAUGAAUUUUAUCAGGAUAAUAUUAAAUUGGCUAAUGCUAACUUAUCGUAUAAUUUGAAGUGUAUUAAUACUCAAACAGUUGCCACUAGAACUUCUAUUCAUCAGGAUUAUCUAAAACAAUUAAUGGACACCAAAAAUGAUAUGAUCACCGAUACUACCUCACUAUGGUAUAAAAUAAAUAAAGAACGUAACCAAAUGGAUCAAAUUGUAUCUGAUUAUAACUUCAGUGCAAUUCCAAUGAUACCUAAUGUUACGGUUGCUGCUAAUUAUCAAGAAGAUGUUUCACCGAUGCCCAACACCAAUGGAGCAUUAACCAACGGAGUCAAUGGAUCAACGAAACCUCAACUAAAUCAAUUCCCUAAUGAGUACAAUGUCGACCUUCAAGAAAAUCAAUUAUCUCACCAAGCUCCUCUAACUAAAAAGGCAAUCAAACAAAAUACUCUAAUCGAGUUGGUACAACAACGUAAUAACGUUAAUCAGCAAUUGGGUAUACUCAAUGGAUUACUCGAAUUCCACGGGCUCCCAGCUGCAGUUACCUCCAGUCUAUCGGAUGAUAAACCUGCUGCUGCAAAUGAACUACUCUUACGCAAAGCUUCUGAAGAUGAAAUCAAUGACGAUCUUCGCGCAAUGGGAAUCCCAAUAUGAUCACCAUCCACCUUACAGCGUCAUCCUCACAUCCUACUCAUAUCUGUAUAUUCUAAUGUAUCAAUAGCC